AUGCAGUUUUAUCCGUCUGGGAAUACUUCAUUGUUCAAUGUAAAUGAGCGUCCUCUAGUCAACAAUUCAGUGGAUGAUAUUCUAGAACAACUUGAAGGCGAUGAUAUUGUGGAACGACUCAAACGGCCCAAUUCAAACAAGAGUAUUGUUUCAUUUGAAAGCGUAGCAAGCAAUAUGUGUUUUUGGUUUUGCCUUGCACGUCACAAGUAUCAAGAUGUGAGAUUAGAUAGAUUGUCAACGAAAUCAAAAGAGCUUUACAGGGACUAUUACAAAGUCAAGCCUGACAAGAGCUAUCCUGGCGUGGAUAUCCAAGAACUAGAUAGCAUUGAGGACCAUUUCAGCAACCUUCAUCAUUUCUCUUAUAGCAUCAACCUAUCUCAGUUAACCAAAGUCUUUCAAUACCCUGAAUGCCAUUCAUUCUUCAACGAGUUCAAAAAGAUUAAACCACAUCUGAAUAUUUGCAAGAAACCAAAGAUUGUAUUCGAAGAUGGAAACUAUCAACCAAAGCCCAAUGUGUUUGAGAAUCUUGAACAGAACGGUAUUAUUGUACCAAGAGAAUUAAGAUUCUAUCCAUAUUUCAUCUACUUUGACUUUGAAACGUGGUUAAAACCCGUUGAAUCUACGACGAACUCCAAGCUCAAGUAUAUUGGCACUCACGAGCUUUUGAGCAUUAGUUUGAUUGGAAGUGAAGAAUUACAAGCGGAAUUUAUCCCAGUUGAGAGUACACCUAAAUACCUUCCACAAGUGUUGAUGAAAUAUAACAAGAAACACGGAAAUGUAUCAAAGAGUGAAAAGUUAUGGAUUCGUUCAAUUGAGGAAGAGUUGGGACGCAACAUUGAACAAAGCAAAAGAAUUGGACGAUACAAUGCUGAUGGGUAUGAUGGAGAGACAAACACAGUCUAUGAAUUCAAUGGAUGCUUCUUUCACGGCUGCCGAAAGUGUUAUCACCCGGAUGAUGUUAAUCCUCUUACAGGAGACAAAAUGAACGUGUUGUAUGAGAAGACGAUGAGAAAGGAGGCAAAGUUGAAGCAGAUGGGAUACGAUGUAAAGUCUGUUUGGGGUUGCGAGUUUAGGAUGCCAACAAACGAGGAGGUAACCCAAAACUUGACGAAAUACGCUGAUGAGCAUCCAGAACUGAAGCAAUAUUCUGGUAAUGUCAUCCAACUUCUCAAACAUUCACCCAUUCCAUCCAAAAAGUGGUUUUACAAUGGCCUAAAAGAUGUUAAGCCAGGCGUGGAAGCGACAAAGAAGCUUUGCAAUUUCUUCCAGUCUUUGAAUCUCGAUAUGCACAAGGAUGGCAUUUCCAUUCCUGGACUUACUUUGAAAUAUCUUUGGAACACAAAAGCCAACGAAUGUGAGUUUCAGUUGUUCAAAGGAAACGAAGAACUGUAUCAAAAGUACAGAGAUAAUCUUGUGGGUGGUCCAAGUAUCGUUUUUCAUCACUAUCACGAGAGGAACAAGACAAGAAUAAGAGGAGGCAGGCUUUGUCAGAAGAUUCUUGGAUAUGAUGCGAAUGCGUUGUAUCUCUGGGCCCUCAGUCAAGAUAUGCCUUGUGGUGAGCAUAAAAUGAUUGAACCGUAUCCUGAUAUACUGGAAGAUGUUAUGAAUGGAUCGUUUUUUGGAGAGAUUGAAUGUGAUAUUGCUGUACCUGAGCAUGUAAAGGAAUAUUUUGCAGAGAUGCCACCGAUAUUCAAAAAUACAGAGAUUCAAUACAAAGACCUCAACAGCGACACAAAAGCACAGGUCAAACCAAAUUACAAGAGUAAGAAACUAAUUGGGAGUAUGUUUGGCAACAAGAUAAUGUUUCCUACUAAACUGCUGAAAUGGUAUCUUGAACACGGAUUGAUGGUAUCAAAUAUCACAUAUGCUGUCAAGUACGAACGUAAAGCACCAUUCAAGUCGUUUGCUCAACAAGUAUCUAAUGAAAGGAGAGCCGGAGAUACAAGUCCUGAUUAUAAACUACGUGGAGAAAUGAUGAAGUUGAUGGGAAAGUCUUCCUAUGGCAAAUGCAUUACAGAUUUCUUGAAGCACGAGACAGUAAAGAUUGUUGGUCGACUAUAA